GCUAAACAGCCCAUAGGCCCAUUUACACCUUCUCUACCGCAUAUCAUCUGGAGCCCUUUACCUCCCAAACUCCCAUAGCGUUUUCCUGAGGAAUUCAAGCGCGGGAGCAGUCGGCUGUCUAAAUCCGAGCCUGUAAAUACUCCAUCCGUAAUCUAGCUUCUUCUUCCAGCAGUGAUUGGUUUCGAAGCCCUUUUCAACCAAAUAUGAGUCGACCAAUGGAAGAAGAUGCCCCUGGGAAGAAUGAGGAAGAGGAAUUCAACACAGGGCCACUGUCUGUUCUCAUGAUGAGUGUCAGAAACAAUACACAGGUGCUCAUCAACUGUCGUAAUAACAGAAAGCUUCUAGGCCGUGUAAGGGCUUUUGACCGCCACUGCAACAUGGUGCUCGAAAAUGUUAGAGAGAUGUGGACUGAGGUGGUAUCUUAUUCUAUACUGAUUUUAAAUGUUUUUCCUUUGGGUUGUCUUGCUUUUUUUUUACGUCUUCAUUUUCUCUGCAGGUUCCCAAGACGGGCAAAGGGAAAAAGAAAGCCCAACCUGUUAAUAAGGAUAGGUUCAUCAGCAAGAUGUUUCUUCGUGGAGAUUCCGUGAUCAUUGUUCUCCGGAAUCCCAAAUAAAGGGUACUCUUUUUCCCCUUGUGUAAGUUGUUGCUUAGGAUGAGCAUUGCAUAUUUAACAUUGUGUUAUUUUUUUGCUUAAUGUAUUAUUCUAUCCAUGCAUGUUACUGCUAGAUGGUUCAUCUUAUGCAACUCCUGUCUGCACUCAAGAUUUCUACUCUUGCUGUGGUUUAGUUAUCCCAACUUAGACUUCUUGGGGUAGGAUAUUGUGGAAUGGCUUGUUAUUUCAAUGUACUGUCACUUUGAAUGAGGCUACUUAGUUUUUUGCUUUACUACUCUGCCUUUCCUGUACUUCUCUAAUUGACUCUGUUAGUCUAAUAUCGUCUCGACCAAACACUAUCUACCUCCUAAUAACAUAUACUAAUAUGCAUAUGAUGCUGAAGUUGUCUGUGUAAGAUGUGUUUGGUAGCCGUGAUGAAGAAAGUGAGUUGUCGGAGAGGGCAUCUCUCCUAUUUAUUUCCGAGUGCAUAGAUGUGUACUGGUUAUUCUUUUUGAAGUUAGAAAUUUAAAAAGCUUAUGUCUCU